GAACUUCACUGUCGUUCAGAAUGCAGCCAUGUCUAAAGUCUAACUGACGACCUGUAGUUUAUUUUACUUAAAAAUAUAAAUAUCCAUAGCAACGGUUAAAGAAAUGGGAAUGUUCUUACUACAACGGUGGAUAUCACCUUAAGGUGAGGUGACGCCAUGAUCCUGGUUCUCUGCACCAGCUGAAAACUGACGUGUUUGACAACAAACCCAUAGUGCGGUCACUAUGGGGACAACAACAAGCGAGCCGUGUAUCUAUGACAAACUGUCUGAGAGCAUCGACAUCCUCCGCCAAUCGGGUUACCGCUAUGGCAUGUCAGAGAGAGAAAUUGAGAGAUUCAUUAAGCAGGUCCUGGAGACCAAUGAGCCAAGAAGAGAGCCUCCACAAUUCCCCAUUCUAAGAGCCACCAUUAAGUUUCUGGUGGCUGUGGGCUUCCUGCUGGUGGUGGUGCUGGCCUUCACCUACCCGCAGAGCUCCUCCCAGUUGGGACUGGUAAAUCUGGGAUGUUGCAACCGGUCGUCCCCCCUUAGCCAUAUCCGCCUGCUUUCCCUUCCUAUUGCCAAGAAGUACAACCUGCAAGGUUUUCAUGAGUGGUGGAGUGCUGGUUCUCUCCGGCAGAGUCUGGUUAACUGUUCAGGAUGCGCGGAAAUCUCCUCCGUGCUGGAAGUCCCAGAAAGCCUCAGGGGAACUGUGACUCUGCGACGGGGACCUCAGCUGGUCCUGCUGAAGGGCGGCGAGUCUCUCAGUAUCCAGCGGCAGCAGCUGGAGGCGCUCUACUCGGCCCAUUCAGGCUCCAUGUCAAUUCUGCUAGAGGAGGACAGUGGUCUCCAUAGCGACAACCUGGGCCUCCCUCAGGGACCGGCCAACUUCACCCUGCUCUGGAGGUUCAGUUCUGGAGCCAGGGAAAAAGUGUUGAGAUGGCUCUUCCCAAAGGCUGAGCUCUGCCCCCUGCUGGACAGCGCUGGGACCAUCCUCCAGCGAUGCCUGGUCAUCCAUAGCACAAACUCUCAAAGCAAGGGGGUCAGGCUGCUGGGUUGGCUGGUGGUGGGGGAGGGGCUGCCAGCAGUGCGAGUUGUGCCUGUUCAGCGAUGCCAGAAACACUGCAGCUCCUUCAAUCUUUGGCUGUCACCUGGAGACAUGGUGUAUGCGGAUCCCCGGUACUGGCAGAUGGAGCUGUUCCCCGGACGUGGCCAGAACAUCAUUUGUGAUGGCACGACCUUUUAGCCUUCAGAUGGGCAGAGUUCAGGACUUGGGUGUGACACAUGAUGCACCUUUGAAUGUUAGGAGCUUGUUGGCCUCUGUGUGCCCGUUCUCUGCCCAUUUUUGCCUUAUAACACCCACAAUAUUUUGUUUAUAGCAACUUUUUGGUCUGAUAUGAGACCUGAAACUAACUGCACACAAGGAGAUCAUGUGGGGGAGAAAAACUAAGCUCUUGCAAGAUUUUCUUAAUAGUGAAGGUCAGAGGAAUAAGGAGACUUAUUCUUUAGCUGAACUGUUGAAAAUUCAUCUGUGCUUGUGCCACAGCUUCUAGCUGAUUUCUAGCAAUUAAAAAAAAUCUCUAAAAUUACUGGGUGUGUCACUGAUUAAAAAGGUAAUAACACUGGUCCCAGUCCUGGGAAUCACUGCCACCAUCUGCAUUCUGUUCAGUGACUUGAAACAAUUUUUGUUGCAUUCAGAUGCACUUAGUGAAGAAUAAAAUUAAGUGAAAUUAAGAAAGAGUACAUGAGGUUGUUGGGGGUUUUUUUCUAUGCCACCACUGGAAAAUGUUUUUUAAUGUGUAGACUGACCAUUAUUAUACAGACUCUAAAAUCAGAGAAGCUCAUCUUGUGAUAAUUACAGCUAGAAUUUAUCGGGGUGAUUAAUUUGGUCCUAAUAAUUUGCAAUAUUGUGUAAAAAAAAUUAGCUGCCAGUUAAGCUCCAACAACCUAUUUUUCUGAUUGUGAAGCAAUGUUUCUGCCUGAAUAAAAAUGAAUUAUAUUUUUUGUUCCAUACUGUUCUUCAGAUACAACCCUCCAUGAGCAUAAUCUGCUCACAAAAUACAUAUGCAUAUGUUCCAAGGUAUUUUCUAUUCUUUUAGAUAAUUUUUUUAGAUUAUGCUGGCAGGUUACAUGCAAAUAACUGCAAUUUUAUUUUAUUGAGUGUAAUUAAGAUAGAGCUUUAAAUGUAAAAUUAACUUCAGUAAAGAUGGCAAAGAGCCCCACUGCUCUGGUUCUUACUUCGAGUGUAAACGGUAAGUUUAUGUCUUAUUCUGGAAAACACUCUUCUGAUCCCCUUUUGAAUGGAGGCAGUUAUGGCAACAUGUUUCACUAAGUUACCACACAGUUUAAAGAGGGGAGCAUUUUAUUUUCAUGUGUUUUACAAAGCUGCUAUUCCAGAUUCAGGGUGGUUAUUGGAUGUUGUGACUUUAAAAGAAAUAUACUGUAAUAUAUAUUUGAUUAUUGUUGCUGAGUUUUGGUGUGAGGGGAGGAAAUAUUUUAUGUAAGGUUCAUAAUUAAGUUUAGAUCUGUCUGUCAAACAAAAAUUCUGCAUUUUAAAACAGAAAAUGACCACAGCAGAAACAAAUAUUUAAACUGCAUUAGAAAUGUCAUCGUUUUAUGACAAAAUAAAAAGGAUGUUCAGCUUUCUUUUGUAUGGCAUGAUUUUAGUUCUGGAGUCUUAACAUAUUUUACUUGUUUCCAUUGUGUGUUAUCCAUUUAUUUAUAACCUAUUGCAUUACUCUAAAUGGUGUGCAUAAAUGAUUUGAUGGCAGUGCAAAUUAAAAUGUUUAUAUCAA